AUGGAGAAUGAAAAACUCAAUGAAGAACUGAAGAAGCUGCAAGUUUUGGUGGCGGCAUUAGCACCAAACUCUCAAGAUGAGAGAGUUCUAGAAAGCAAUGAAGAUGAUCAGGAUCCUAAAGGAGGAGCAAACAAGGGAGGAAAAAACAAUAAAGAUCUGAAGGACAAGGAAGCUGAUAAGGUAGCUGAAGAAGAUGAUGAUAAGGAAGCGGCUAAGGAUCCUGAAGGAACUGGCAAGGAAGAUGAAGUAGCUGAGAAAAUAGAGCAAACAAAAGAGAAGAAGGAGGAGACGGCAGAGAAAGAUGCCAGUGCUGAAGAUAAGAGUGAGGCAACAGAGAACAUAGCUUAGCUUCCAAUACAAAAUUCAAAAGAAUUAGAUCUUCAACCAUUAGAACAGGUUGAGAGAGAGAGCUAAAAAAGAAUUCAAAGAACAUAGCCGAUGAGGAUAAAGAGAAGGAGGAGGCAACAUAGAAAGAUGCAAGCGCUCAUAAAAAAGAGAUGAGUGAGCCUUAGAUUCCAACCCAACAUUCAGAAGACUUAUAUGUUGAAGAAUUAGAACGGGUUGAGGAAGAGCUUAAAAAGAAGAAGAAAGCAGACGAUGAAACAAAGGCUUACUGUGAGCAGCCACCAGAGUCACCACCAAGGAGGACGGUUGCGGAAGAAGCUCGUUGGUCGCCGAAAACACCGGUGACCCUUUGAUUUGGGAAUCUCUCCUUGGGUAUCUUGGAAUAGCUCAUUGGUGACUAGAAUAAUAACCAUUCCAGAGAAGAAUU